AUGUCGAUUGUUAUAAGAUGUGUGAAUGUUGAGGAUGAAAGUAAAGUCAAGGUGGAGGAAUUCUUUCUUGGGUUUAUUAAGGUUCAGGACACGUCGGGGCUUGGGCUUUUCAAGCGACUUGAAGGAGCUUUGGUUGAUCUCAAACUCAACAUUGAUGAUAUAAGAGGACAAGGUUAUGACAAUGGCUCAAAUAUGAAAGGUAAAAAUCAAGGUGUACAAAAAAGGCUACUUGAUGUAAAUCCCAGAGCAUUCUAUAUUCCAUGUGGUUGUCAUAGCUUAAACCUUGCACUAUGUGAUAUGGCAAAAUCUAGUGCGAAAGCAAGAGAUUUUUUUAGAUAUGUGCAAAAAGUUUAUACUUUGUUUUCGGGUUCACCACAACGGUGGGAUAUUCUUAGAGCAUAUGUGAAGGGUUUGACACCAAAGGCAUUGUCAGUUACUCGUUGGGAAAGUCAUGUUGAGAGUGUUAGAGCAAUAAGAAAUCAAGCACCGGAAUUAAGAGAUGCAUUGAUCGAAAUUGCAAAUGUUUCUAAAGAAGAUAUUGUGUUUUCGGAAGCUAAAGGCUUGUGCAAGAAUGCUUUGGAGGAUUUUGAGUUCUUGAUUAGCUUAUGUAUUUGGUACAAAAUCUUAGACAAAGUUAAUCAAGUUAGCAAAAUUCUUCAACGAGAAGAGAUGGAUAUUGAAGAUGCAAUUACAAGGAUAAAAGAGUUGAUUUUAUUCUUUGAAGAGCUUAGAGAAGAUGGUUUUGAAGACUUGAUGAAGGAAGCCAAAGAACUUGCUCAUGAUGUUGAUCAAGCUCUUGUAUCACUUAAGGACCGGUUUAAGCAAUUUGAACUAUUUUAUGACUCAAUCUUUGGAUUUUUGUUUAACGCAAAAUUCAAGAGUGUUAGUGAAGAGCAAUUGAUGGAGCAUUGUACUAAACUAGAAAGUUUCUUGGAAUACAAACAACGUGGUGAUAUUUAUGGGAAGGAGUUAUUCCAAGAGCUUAGACAUUUGAAAAUAAUAUUGCCGAGAGAAGUAACAAAAUCGAUCGACAUCCUUGAUUUUAUAAAGUCUUAUUGGAAAGAUGGCGGUUUCCAAAUGGUUUGGGUUGCUUAUCGAAUUUUGUUGACUAUUCCAGUCACAGUUGCUUCGGCGGAGAGGAGCUUUUCAAAGUUGAAGUUGAUAAAAACAUAUCUUCGGACUACCAUGUCACAGGAGAAAUUAAGUGGAUUAGCUAUGAUCUCAAUUGAAAAUGAGUACUUGGAUAAAUUAGACUAA